AUGCGAUUUCCCGAUGAUGCUAAUGAUCAUUCAGACAGACCGCAUUUUUUGGCGGACGGUUACAUCAAAAGUUUCAAUCUGUCCAUAAAACCUUUUCCUAACUUUGACAAAAAUGUCAUUACCUGCAUCUAUGGGUUUCACGAGAAAUCUGAAGUUUGGGCUGAGAAGCAUUUUGACAACAUUUGGCCAAACUGGAAAGAUGGCAUGAAUAAUGCCUUAAAAGACGAUAUUUUGGAUGUUGAAAAAUAUUAUGAUGAAACAAUCGGUGCUGUUACAGACCAGCUUUACACUUGGUUGUCGAAAUGA